UCAGUCUGACGACGACGUUCGUAGCGAGCGGUUGUGUUGCAGUCGAGUGUGUCCCGGCGCGAGGAACUAAACCGGAAAUUCUCGAGUAUUUCACGUUCGCAACAGUUUGUUGCAUUGACAAAAACAUGUCGAAAGAUAAAUGUGAAUUAUAACUGUUACGGUUGCAAUGUGAACUGAUAACGCUUGAGAUUAAAUCAAAAAUAAUAAAACGCGAACUCAAUGAAAACAUAAAAAAUUUAUGAGAAUGUUCUUCAAUUGCUGGCAUAAUUAAUAAGUAAUUAACAACAAGUUGCAUAAAUGCAUUGCAACGGGGAACGAACGUAGCAUACAACAACAAGUACUAAUAGGAACAACAAUCAAGUUUUGAGCACGCUAGCGUUUCGCUCGCGUGUUUAGACGCGCAUCAGCUGCAGACGCGCGCGUUUUUUGCCGCUUGUUGGCAAUUUAGUGGAGGCGAAUGCUUUGCUGCGUGUUUACUUUACAGCUCUGACUAAACAUGUGAGCUUUGCCUCAAUUUUAAAUAAAAUCGAGUAACACGCACAACUACGAAAUGCUCAUCAAAUACAUCAAGAGACGUGCACCGGCCAAUGCCUGGGCGCAUGCCAUAAAUACCUUGGUGCUUCUCUCGCUUUUGUGCCAGAUAUGCGAUACGCAGAGAGUCGACGUGCCAGCCGAAGUAAUUGUUGAUCCCAAGUUCAGCUAUCCCAUUGCAAAUGUGACAGCGCCGGUGGGACGUGACGCCUUCCUCACAUGCGUCGUGCAGGACCUGGGACCGUAUAAGGUGGCAUGGCUACGUGUCGAUACGCAAACGAUUUUGACGAUACAGAAUCAUGUAAUAACAAAAAAUCAACGGAUUGGCAUUGCCAACUCGGAGCACAAGACUUGGACGAUGCGCAUCAGGGACAUCAAGGAGUCCGACAGGGGCUGGUAUAUGUGCCAAAUAAAUACGGAUCCGAUGAAAAGCCAAAUGGGCUACCUGGACGUUGUUGUACCGCCGGAUAUCCUAGAUUAUCCUACAAGCACGGACAUGGUCGUACGGGAGGGCAGUAACGUGACGCUCAAAUGCGCUGCUACCGGUUCACCAGAGCCGACAAUUACAUGGCGACGUGAAAGUGGAGUGCCCAUUGAGCUGGCCAACGGCGAGGAGGUGGCCAGCAUUGAAGGCACUGAUCUGAUCAUACCUCAAGUGAAGCGUCAGCAUAUGGGCGCCUAUCUAUGCAUUGCCUCGAAUGGAGUGCCGCCCUCUGUAAGCAAGAGGAUAACUCUCGUAGUGCAUUUUCCUCCCAUGAUCAGUGUGCAGAAUCAAUUAAUAGGCGCCGUGGAAGGUAAAGGAGUUACACUGGAAUGCCAAUCGGAAGCCUAUCCCAAGUCCAUCAACUACUGGACACGUGAACGUGGAGAAAUUGUGCCACCAGGCGGCAAAUAUUCGGCAAAUGUGACAGAAAUCGCCGCCUAUCGCAGCUCCAUGAAACUGCACAUCAAUCCCCUCUCACAGGCCGAGUUCGGAGCGUAUCGCUGUGUGGCCAAGAACUCGCUGGGCGAUACAGAUGGCACCAUCAAGCUGUACAGAAUUCCACCAAAUGCCGUCAACUAUGUGGAGAACUUUGAGGCGAGACACAAAGGAAAAAAGCGCACGAAAAGCUCCGAAAUGUAUCAUUCGUCCAGGGCGCAGGAGCACAGCGGCGAGGACACUGAGAAUCCCGGUAAGCGAAAAGCCGAUUUGAGUCUCAGUGCCGAGGGUAUUGACAACAUGUAUGGAGCAUCGGCAGCUGUGUCCCAACACCCCAGACACACUGGACAGACGCUGAGCUGGCUGUGCCCCGCGAUGCUGUUGCUGCUGCGCUUGAUGUGGCGGCAAGCGCUGACAUUGACGAGGCAACUGCGAAAAAAUCAACUGGCAUUGUUGCCACAAACACUGACACAUGUUUGACACAGACGCGAAUCGCUAACACAGAUUAGGCAACAGCAGCAGCAGCAUUCGAAGCAGGAUGAACUGGAGUUCAAGCUGAAGCUGAAGCUGGAGCUGAAUUUGGAUUUGGAGUUGCGAUGAUGCGGUGUCUGGCUUGAUUGAGUUUGUCAAUUGGCCAAAAGCUGGUGCCCUGAUUUAUGGCGCGUGGCUUGGUUAAAGUUAAAGCUGAUAUAAACAUAUAUCAUAAAAAAAUAAUAAUACAAAUAAGAGUUGUAGCUACUAUAUAGAUAUAAAUACUAAGUCAAUCAGGCUUCCUAACUCCCCAUACGCGUGCAUGUUUAAGCUGUUGAAUUUUAGCAUAAGUUUAGCUUAAAUUGAGCAAAAUGUAAUAUACACGAAACAAAUAAUGUAUACAUAAUAUAUUGUAAUAAUACUAAUAUAGAAUAUGGCACAUGUACAUAAAGGUACAGCAAACAGAUUGUCGAAUUAAGAGUUCGUUUGUAUUGUAAAUUUAUUAAGAGACUGUAUGUGUGCAAAGUAAAAUUUAAACGCGGCUAAAUUGAAUGCAAAACUCAAAGUAUUCAAAUAAACUAGCUUCUAAGCCAACUCUCGAAACGGGCUGAGCAGAAUAUCAUAUGCAAUUAAAUACAAAUAAUCAAGCGAAAAAAAACAACAAGUUGACAUGAAAUAAACAAAAAAACCAUAUAUAUAUAUAUAUAUAUAUUAAUAUUAUAUAUCUACUUAGUACUACAGCCCAUUGAGAAUAAUAUCAAUAGUAGAUAUUUGGUUAAUUUCAUUAAUUUAUUCUCUUCAGCUUCCCGGCUCAAAAUCCGUUCCACCUGAAAAAUUAAAAUUACAAAAAUAAAUAAAGAAAGAAAAAUAAAAGCAAAUAUACCACAU